AGCCGCCGCCUCCUCCGUCUCCUCGUCGAGAGUCAGAAACGCCAUCUUGUCUCCUCGUGUAUUUAGACUUACCGAGCUUCAAAAAGCCAUUCGCGUCACUUGUGAGAAUAUUUACCAAUUACUUCCCACCAGUAUUACACAAGAAACAAUGGGAGAAUCCAGCAGACAGAACAUGAAGCUGGAAUGCAUGAUAUGUGGAGUAGCUGUCAAGUCCGUAUACCUUUAUCACAAGCACAAUAUUCAGCAGCACUCCCUACCCCAGCUCUCACGUGCUAUUUUGAAGCUGAAAAAUCUACAAGUACCACUAAAUGACCCUCCCUUGGAUGGAGACCAAGAGGAGGAGGAAGAGGAUAAAAGAGAGAAGGAAAUUGAAUUGGAUAUGGCAGCAGCAUUAGACCAUCCAGUCAAACUUGAACUGCUGGAUGAAGAGGUGAUUGAGCUCGGCCCAACGGCUAAUUCAGACAACUUGGAAGUCCAGAGCCGCCUGGUGAAGAACGCACAUCAGUCAAAACAACAGUCAAGACAAGUUAUAGAAGUUAAGGAAAACCAGCCACCCCCUUGUCAUAUCAACCCUUCCGUAGAGGAUCCAGAUGCAAUUGUUGUUAAGUUCAAUAGAGAGUUGGUGAUGGCUCUUGACAACAGUAGCCAUACCAUCUACUCUCAAGACCUCAGCAGCAAACGGAAGUACAAUUCUCAAUUGAGAGCAGCAUACAAGAGUAAAAUAGAAAUUCCAGACCCAAACACAUUCAUCAUGGACUAUAGGAAAGCACUAUCAAAAUCAACUGAUAAGUAUGUCAUGCAGAAUGUAAGCAUGGUAGACACUCCACUCAAAAAGCGAAGAGGAAGACCUAAAAAGAACAAGGAUAACAAUUAUGAUACAUCAAGUAGAAUUGAGGAGAAAGUAACUGUGGAAAUAGAGUAUGCAGAGGAGGAGGAUGAAGAAGCUAUAGAAGCCCUAGCUGAUCCACCACUUUUUUCAGAGGAUGAGGAUGAAGAGGCAGCGGCUGCAAUACCAAAUGUCACAAAGACCCGUUCAGGAAGAACAAUUAAGAUCAAGAAAGAAGAUGGGACAUUCAAGUAUUAUGAUAUGCCAGGCAGAGAUCAGCUGGACACAGAAGAUCCCAGUAACCAAAAAGACUGGACAGAAGCCUCUGCAGUGCCUGUAACAAAGGGAAAAAGAGGAAGAAAACGGAAGUCACUUGGAGAAAUCAUUGACAAACGGGAUAUCAUCACUUCUGGGAUGGAAACAAAUAGAACUCGUAGUGGUGAGAAGAAAGACUUUUCAGGUAUGUUGACAGUUAAAGAAGAAAACAUUGAUACCUGUGACAUAAUGGAUGUGGUAGAAGAGGGUCUGAGUAUGCCCACCACUGACCAGAUUGUUGAAAGUAGUGACGUAAAUGAGUCAGCAUCGUAUGAAACAGAGGAUGGAUUUGAAUGUUUUGAGUGUUGCAAGAAAUUCAGCACAAAGGAAGAAUGUGAAAGGCAUGCUCAGAAACAUAUAAACAAAGAGGAGGGAAAAAGAAAUACAAGCAAGAAAAGACGGCACAAGAUAUGCAAUGCUGAUGGUAAUGCCUCAGGUUCUUCACUUAAAAUGGAUGAUAAUUCUACUAAUGAAAUGUCAGCAGUAGCAGAUGACACAGACAAGGAGAAGAAUUUUCAUUGUUCAGUAUGUAAUGAGGAUUUCCCUUCAAGGACAGAACUUGAAGACCAUACACAUGAAACAGUUCAUGAAUGCAAAUUCUGUGGAAAGCAGUACCAGAAUCGAGUCAAUCUUCAAACACACAUCAAAAGAUAUCAUGAAGAGACAGAGUGGAUGAAGUUUAAAUGUGCAACUUGUGGGAAGAACUUUGGAUUUUUAACAGCUCUAGAAAGACAUAUGAAAGAACAUAAUCCAAAUCAAAAGUUUUGCUGUGAGCAGUGUGGAAAAGUAUUUAAAAGUCUGGUAAAUCUAAAAAACCACAUACCUUUACAUACUAAAGAUGAAGUGUAUGAGUGUCCCUAUUGCCCAAAGCAGUACUACAUUAGAUAUAGCUACGAGAAGCAUGUUAAAUCACAUGUGUAUGCACCAAAGUUCCAUUGUGAGAUAUGUGAUAAGAAUUUUAAUGAUAAGAAAAGCUUUGAGUUACACCUGGAGAGACAUCAGCACGGGGGAAUACUUGGAAGGAGCAAGGAUUUGAAGUGCAAUAAUUGUGGAGACAUCAAAAGUCCCACCGACUUACAGCUGGUCGGAGAGAGUGAUCCUGGCCACCACAAGACCUGUUUAGUCUGUGGGAAGGGGCUCUACAAAAAGUAUAUGAUUGAAAACAAUGAUGUGUCGCAGUAUCUGUCCAAAGAUGAAAGAGUGAGAGAACAAUGCAAACUUUGUGGGAAAUGGGUGUUGAAUUUGCCUAGGCAUAUUAAAUAUACCCAUCUAGAGAAUGAAUAUGUAACAUGUGAUAUUUGUAAUAUGAUAGUUACAAAAGCAUCUUUGCCUGCUCAUAAGAAUCGUAAACAUGGAGGUUCUGCUGUGACUUGUGAUCACUGUAACAGGAUAUUUAAAAAUAUAAUGUGCUUGCGUGAGCACAUGGCAAAGGUGAGAAGAAAAGAGGAUCCAUUAAAGAAUAUUUGUAAAUAUUGUAAGGAAAUUGUUAGUCCCGAAAACUGGAAAGAUCACAUGAUGAAACACAGAACAAAAUGUAGUGACUGUGGAGCUGCUCACUUCACAAGUCAAGAGGAAUUCAUGAACCACCUUAAUUCAUGCAGAAAAUGUAGCAACUGUUCAACUACAUUCACAUCUCGAGAAGAGUUCCUAUCACACAUUGAGAUGUGUAGCAGUGGCAUUAAUAUAAUUACUGGUAACCUUGACUCUGCCAGUGACCAGGAAGUUGUUACUAGUAUUUUUGCAAUUGUUGAUGAAAGUACUGGAUGCGAGACAUGUGGAGAAAUGUUUGAAGAUCAGGGAACACUUGCUCAGCACAUAGCAGAAGCUCAUCCAAAUUCACUAGAUGGGAAUGAUAUAAUCAGUGAAGCUAUCCUUUAUGCUUGCCCGCAAGAGUCAUGUGGAGUGAUUGUUACAAACAAGGAACUCCUAAAAGAACAUUUGGCUUCAGUUCAUAAUGCUCAGAUGAUUAAUAUUGAUAGUUUUACUUAACAAUGAUGUAAUUAUACAAAGAGUGUGAUACAUUUAUUUGAAUAGAAAUGUAAAUAUGUAUUUAAUAUAUAUGGCAGUUUUAUUAUAUUUGUAUGAUUUUAUACAUAAAGCAUAGAAUCUC